AGCCCCGGGGGCGACUCCGGAGCCUGAAUCUCUGUCCGCUGCGCGGGGAGCCCGGGAUCCCGAGAUCCUGAGACUCGGAGACUGAGAGACACUAAGAGACACCCUGAGAGAUCUGGGGAAACGCACCCCGAGGAGCACACGGUACCCGAGACGCUGAGAGACACGCAGACACCCCCAGACAGAGAUACUAAGGGACACACAAGGGACCCCCAGACACAGAGACUCUGAAGAAAGACUGAGAGACCCCUGAAACGUGGAGAGAGCACAGGCCGAGCUGUGGACGCCCCAAUGGAAUUCCCAGUCUGAAGAAGAACAAACCUGGGCCCUAAACUUGAGGAGCUCAUUGUCUUAAGGAUAGAGAAUGAAGGACUUCACCAAGAGUCUUGCUGAAAUCCAGACAUAAUAUGGCAUUCUUCUGACCUACCAGCCCAGGAACCCUAUCAAAAAGAGAAAUAAAGUCUCUGGCAAAACGUGUUCUGGAUGAAAAUUGUGAGGAGUGGCAGUGGUGCAGCAAGACAAGAAACAGAACGUCUAAGCAAAGAGUGUGGGCAUUGGGGCCCAAAGUGGCAGGAGCACUAGAGACAAAUACAGUCCAUUCAUGCCGACAGCUGAUGAGGCUGGGAAGCAGCAUACAGGGCCUGAGGAGGCAGACAGGCCCCCAUCUAUGUCCCGAAAUGACCCAGCCCCUCUGGCUCCUUCCCGGCCCAAUGCCUGCUGCUUUUGCUGGUGCUGCUGCUGCAGCUGUUCGUGGAAUGAAGAUCGGCAGCGGGCUUGGAAGACCUCUAGAGAGACCAGACUGGAGAGCAUCCCCAACUGUGAAACUUGCACCAAGCCCAGCCAAGAGGAGGUCCAGAGCUGGGCAAAGUCUUUUGACAAGCUAAUGAAGAAUCCUGCCGGCCGUAAUGUGUUCCGGGAGUUCCUUCGUACAGAAUACAGUGAGGAGAACAUGCUCUUCUGGCUGGCCUGCGAGGAGCUCAAGGGGGAAGGCAACAAGCAAGCUAUCGAUGAGAAGGCUCGGCUUAUCUACGAGGACUAUAUUUCCAUCCUCUCUCCCAAAGAGGUGAGCCUGGACUCCAGGGUACGAGAGGUCAUCAACAAAAAGAUGCAAGAGCCAUCAUCGCAUACAUUUGAUGAUGCCCAGCUACAGAUCUACACCCUCAUGCAUAGGGACUCCUACCCUCGCUUCCUGAACUCAGCCUUCUACAAAGCCCUGCUCCUCAGCACCUCAAGAUCCUCCUCUGAGUCUUAGGGCAGCUUCCCCUCCCCCUGGAAGGGAUGGGGGCAGCCCAGGCUCUUAGCUCUACAACACCUAGAGGGACAAGAUCUGGCCACUUUGGAAAAUGGGACCAGGGGGCAGUUAUGCCUAUGCCCCCACUCUUAGAGAAACCUCAAGUUUUUCCACACAGAAUUGUCCUCUGGCCCCUGAGGUCACUGCCCACUACCUGUACUACAGUGUUGGACCAAGUGAUCUUCACAACCUCGGGCCUGAUUUAUUAUUAAUAAUAACAGCUCCCAUUCCUAUA